AUGUCCAAUGACUUAGUAGGCGGGGAAUGUCACCAGACAACCAAUACCCUGCUUCCGUUUGAAAAAGAGUCUGCCCUUAUCGGAUAUCUAAUUACUAAGUAUGCUUCACUCACUGAUAGUGCCUUUAAUUCAAGUCUCAUCGACACAAGGUACGAGCGACCACGAGCUGCCCCUGCCCCUCCCAAAAGAGAUUUAAUAGACUCUGUGGAGCAACGAGGUAGUAUCUCAGUAGAAGCAUCGACCAAGUCUGAGCCAGUGUCGAAGAACUUUCGAAGGUUGCGUCUGGAUAUUCAGCAUUCUAAUCGACUCAUACGUAAGUCACGAUCGGAUCAGCACAGUCCCGACUGGGCCUGCCGAACAUCUCUGGCCAUUGAAGCUGGAUCGAUUUUGACAGAUAGUGCACAUACGUAUAGUGGGUUUUCAACACCCAAACAUAUUCUGGACGCGAUACGGAGCCCAGCCAAGAUCUUUUUACCAGGACGCAAGAGAGUGCAAAGCCUCGGACCAGGAGAGAAGCAGACAACAUACUCACCAUCCUUCAGCAGACACAGUUGGACCCAUCCCACAACCAAUAGGUACUCAGAAGGUACCUUGCAGCGUGUGCCAAUCAACUUGAACAAGAGCCUGCCUACCCUACCUUUGCAAGCACGCGGACAGAAUGAUGAAUAG